AUGCCUAAAGAUCUUAAUGCUACCAAUCUUGUGCUUAUUCCUAAGAAGAAAACGCCUGUAGUUAUGGGAGAUUUGAGACCUAUUGCUCUGUGUAAUGUGCUGUACAAAGUGAUUUCUAAAGUUUUGGCUAACCGUCUCAAGGGUUUAUUGUCUAAGGUGAUUUCUGAGCUUCAGAGCGCUUUCAUUCUGGGUCGUCUCAUCUCGGACAAUGUUUUGGUCUCAUUUGAGAUCCUCCACUACUUGAGACGUAAACAGCAAGGUAAACACGGUUGUAUGGCUCUUAAGUUGGAUAUGAGCAAGGCUUAUGAUAGAAUGGAGUGGUCUUUUUUGCAUUCUAUCUUGCUUCGCAUGGGUUUCUCCACUGGCUGGGUUUCGAUGAUAAUGAAAUGUCUGCAUACUAUUUCUUACAACAUCGUCCAUGGGGGAGAAGUUCUUGGGCCGAUUGUUCCAACUAGAGGGAUUCGUCAGGGGGAUCCUAUUUCUCCAUAUCUUUUCAUCAUCUGCGCAGAGGGUCUCUCAGCACUAAUUCGGCUUUAUGAAGAAAAGAAGUGGAUCCAUGGUUGCCGUGUGGCUCGUCGAGCCCGUUAUGUCACUCAUAUGUUGUUUGCAGAUGAUAGUUUUCUUUAUUGCUCGGCCACUAUGGAUGAGGCUCAUCGUGUCUUGGAGUUGUUGCAUAAGUUUGAGGAGGCUUCGGGUCAGAAGGUAAAUCUUAAUAAGUCUUCUGUAUUUUUUAGCUCCAACACGCUUGAUAGUGUUCGCUCUGGUAUUUUGUCCACCCUUCAUAUGCAUGCUGCGGAUGAGAACAGUUUUUACUUGGGUCUGCCAAGUAUGGUUGGUCGGAAUAAGAAUGCGGCUUUUGGUUUUUUGAAAGAGAAUGUUAGGAAGCGUAUUCAGAAUUGGGAUAGUAAACUUCUGUCGAUAGCGGGAAAGGAGGUUUUAUUGAAUAAAGACAUUGAUCGCCUCAUGGGAAGAUUCUGGUGGCACUCUAAAGCUUCUCAAGGAGGUGGUAUUCAUUGGAAAAGCUGGGAUAAGUUGUGUCUUCAUAAGCAUAAAGGUGGUUUGGGCUUUCGGAAUCUGAGGGAUUUUAACUUAUCCAUGUUGGGAGCUAAUCCGAGUUAUGCGUGGCGAAGUUUAUUUGAAGCUCAGGAUGUGGUAAAAAUGGGUGCUAGAUGGCGAGUGGGUUCGGGUGCCUUAAUUUCUGUUCUUCACCAGCCGUGGCUCCCUUCUGAGGAUAAUCCUUAUGUGAUCUCUUCUCAUGAGGCUCUUCAGAGUUGUUCUGUCUCUAAUCUUCUUCAACCUGGUCGGAUGUGUUGGGAUAUGGAGCUCUUAGAGGACCUAUUUGAUUCCAGAGAUGUGGAGCUCAUUUUUAAAAUUCCUAUGCCUGCAUUGCCAGAAACUGAUACUUGUAUUGGUCGUUUGAGAAAUUUGGUGGCUAUUCGAUGGAAUGCGCAGGAUAAUUCUGGCUUUUGGCGAAAGUUUUGGUAUUUGAAACUUCCUCCUAAAGUUAAGAAUUUGCUUUGGAGAGCUCUUACUGAUUGUCUUCCAACUCUAGUGUCACUUCAAACUAAGCGGGUUCAUGUUUAUAGUGUUUGUUCUUUGUGUAAUUUUGAACCUGAAACCACUUUCCAUCUCAUGGUCGGCUGCUCUUUUACCAAAGCUUGUGUGGAGCGCGGGUUGGGGCUGGUUAUUAAUAAUGGGGAGGAGGAUUUUGGUGCCUGGUUUGAAGCUUUCUGUAUUUCUCAUUUGACUGAUAAUAUUGAGAAGUUGGCAAUGAUUCUUUGGAGUGUUUGGGGGGCCCGUAAUGAUCUAGUCUGGAAUGAUAAGGCUAUUUCUGUGGAAAGAGUUGUUUCAUCUGCAAUUACUUACCUUGAUCUUUGGAAAUCUGCUCAAAAUAGUAAUGGAGGAGCUUCGUCUUUUUCUAGUCAGUUUCGUGCUGGUGUUGAGCACUGGAUUAAACCAUCUUUGGGAGAGUUGAAGGUUAAUUGUGAUGCUGCUCUGUUUUCUGGAGAAAGGAGUCAUGGUUUGGGUUGGAUUGCCAGGGAUCAUGCUGGUUUGUGUGUUUCUGCGGCUGCUGUCAAACACCGAGGAGAUAUUGAUCCUGUUGUUGCUGAGGCGCUGUCCAUGAAGGAGGCUUUGAGUUGGAUUAAGUCCUGUUGGGAAGAUAGCAGGACUGUUGAGGGCUUGUGUCCUACAGCGGUAUUAUUGGAGUCAGAUUGUCUUGUGUUGGUUAAUGCUAUUACUAGCAAGAGCCAUAUUCUGUCUCCUCUUGGUCUUAUUGUUUUGGAUUGUAUUUCUCUUAUACGAUCCUUUUCUAGUUUUGAUAUUUCAGUUCAGUUUGUUAAACGAUCUGGGAACCAAGCGGCUAACUGGUUAGCUCGUUCUUCUGGUUCAUGUCCUGAUCGUAUUUCCAGUAGGGGGUCUGUCCCUUCUGGUUUGGAAGCUAUUUUGUUAGCUGAUUUGCUUUAUUGA